CCGACAUCAAGAUGGUCAACCUUCGCACCCAGAAGCGCCUCGCCGCCUCCGUGGUGGGCUGCGGCAAGCGCAAGAUUUGGCUCGACCCCAAUGAGAUGAAUGAGAUCUCCAACGCCAACUCCCGCCAGACCAUCCGCAAGCUCGUCAGCGAUGGCCUCAUCAUCCGCAAGCCCGUCACCAUGCACUCCCGCUCCCGUGCCCGUGAGCUCGCCGCCGCCCGCCGCAUCGGCCGUCACCGUGGUCUCGGUAAGCGCAAGGGUACCAAGGAGGCUCGUAUGCCCAGCCAGAUCCUCUGGAUGCGCCGCAUGCGUAUUCUCCGUCGCCUGCUCGUCCGCUACCGUGCCUCCGGCAAGAUCGACAAGCACCUGUACCACGAGCUCUACCACCUGAGCAAGGGUAACACCUUCAAGCACAAGCGUUCCCUCAUCGAGCACAUCCAGAAGGCCAAGGCUGAGCGUCACCGUGAGCGCGUCCUCAAGGAGGAGAUGGAUGCUAAGCGUGCCAAGAACAAGGCUCUCCGUGAGAGACGUCUGGAGCGCAAGGAGGCCAAGCAGAACGCCCUCGUUGCUGAGGCUCAGGAGUAAAUCCUCUCAGAUAACGAACUUGGGCGGUGCGGAGGUUGAAACGGGGGAGGGAAUCGAUCAGCCCACGGACUUUGAUCGACCACUCCGUGUUCGUUGCAGGUCUGGCUCGGUGGCUCGAUUUAUCCGGGACGGGGUUGUUUGGAUCGUAUCGGGAGCCUGGAACAGGGUUGGGGAUCAAGGAUAUGCACCAUCAUCACCAUCAUCGUCAUCCCCGUCUCUUCCUCUUCACGGGGAAGAGCAUGUGAAAGGACCACGCAAAAAAAAGGAAAAAGACCUAACUGUUAAAGCAAAACAAUGGCAUGGCGCUUUGUGUGAUACGAAAUUUCCAAUUUUUUUUUACUAUUUCUUCAUCCUUUUCGCCAACUUUUUCUUCCUUUCCUGGACCGUGCAAAAAAAAAA